AUGGGUGGAGAAUAUCAAACACAAAUAUUUGAUGAUGUAUCAAGAAAUGAUUUAGUUAAAAAAAAUUCGUUAAAUAAUGAUAAUCGUCAAAGUAUAAUAUUUUAUGAAAAUACUGUUUAUCAAGUUCGUAUUCAAUUAAAUUGUAGUCAAGAAUGGAAUAAUGAUUUAUCGAAAGAUAAUUGUGAACUUAAUUAUGAUAUAAAUGUUUGGAUUGAUUUAAAUGAUGAUAAUAUUUUUCAAAAUGAAGAAAAUGCUGCACCUUAUCGAUGGCCACUUCAUAGCUAUACACCGCGAGGUGUUUAUGAUUUACAAAUAUCUAUACCAAUUAUUCAUACAACAACGAAUAAAUUCGGACCAUAUAAAAUGCAAAUUCUUACAACACCGAAUGAUCAAUAUCGAUAUCAAUGUACUAAUCAGAAUUAUAAAGAUAUUAGAGAAUAUACUGUUUAUAUUAUUCCAAUAAAUACAAAAAACUUAGACGAUAUUGAAAUACCUCAUUUAAUGUUAAAUAAUGAUGAAAAUUUAUGUUCUAUGAAAAAUGGUGAAAUUGUUCUUGUAACAAUGUCUGGUGAACAAGGUUCACAUAUUCGUGAUAAUAUAUUAAAAGAUAUUUUAAGUGAAAAACAAAAUCGACAUCAUUUAAAUGUUUAUCUUUAUGAAAAUGUAAAUUAUCAAAUACGUAUACAAUUAGAUUGUUUAAAUAAGGAGAAUUGUAAUUUCGUACAAGAUGUUAAUAUUUUAAUUGAUUUUAAUAAUGAUAAUAUAUUUGAACAAUCAGAAAGUCGUAUUCCUCAUCGUUCGCCAUUGAGAAGUUCAAUACCAUUUGGAAUUUAUGAUUUAAAUAUUUAUAUUCCAAGUGUUGAUGAAAUAAAUAUUAAAAGUGGACAACAUCGUAUGAAAGUUAUUGUUAAAUCAAGUGAUGAAUAUAUAAAUAAAUGUGGAAAUAAUGAUUAUUAUCAUACAAGAGAAUAUAUGAUUAAUAUUAUUUCAAAAACAGAUUCAACAAUUCUUAACGAUCCAAUUCCAAUUGUUAAUCCAACUUAUCCAACGACAGGUAGUACGGAUUCCGAACAAUUCAACACUACCGAAUCAAUACCAAAGAUUCAACAAGGCAAAGGAUGCAGAUGUUGGUGGAUUUUAAUCUUUGAUUUUCUUAUUAUACUUAUUUUAUUAAUUUUAUUGAUUUGUUGUUUGCUUCAUAAAUGCAAUGUGUUCAAACGAUGUAAGAGAAAUAGACCAAUAGAGCCAACACCUCCAAUAAAACCGACACAACCAAAGCAAGGUUCACCAACAAAGCCAAAAGCUCCAAAAAAACCAACACCCCCAAUUCCUGAUCCACCAAUAACGCCAAUACGUCCAAUAGUACAGCCACCACCAAGACCAGUUUCACCGAUAGAGCCAAUAGUACAGACGCCACCAAAGCCAGAUCUACCAAUAAAGCCAAAACACUCACCACCACCACUACCGAUAGGUUUAUCUCCGAUUGUAAUUGAACAACUAAAAUGGUUUUCAGCGGGUCCGAUGACUAAUGCUCGACGAAGUCAUCGAGCAUUAUUAUUAUCAAAUGGAAAAGUUUUAAUCACAGGAGGAUUCAAUUAUGGUUCUUUAAAUAAUCCUGAAUUAUAUGAUUCAAGCACAAAUACUUGGAUAACUAUUGAAAGAAUAAAUGAUAUACGAUCAACAAAUACUUCAAGAACAUCAGAACAUGAAACAGAAUUAGUUACUGGUCAACUUGGCAGUCAUUAUUUUAUUGAUAGUGUAGAAUUAUAUGAUCCAUCCAAUGAAAGUUGGACAAAUCUUCCUAAUAUGAAUAUUGCUCGAGGUGGACAUACCACAUCUUUACUAUCAAAUGAACAAAUAUUAGUUGCUGGAGGAUAUACAAAUGGAAAAUAUCUUAAUAAUACAGAAUUAUUUAAUCCAUCAACAUUAACGUGGACAAAUACUUGCCCAAUGAAUGAUGCUCGAGCUGAACAUACAGUAUCUAUAUUAAAAAAUGGUAAAGUUUUAGUUGCUGCUGGAUUUGAAUAUUAUCAUUGGUUAAAUAGUGCAGAAAUCUAUGAUCCUAAAACACAAAUAUGGACACGUACUGGUUAUAUGAAUUAUAGUCGAAGUAAACAUACAUCAUCUUCAUUAAGAAAUGGACAAAUAUUAAUAACAGGUGGAUAUAGUUGUGGAUAUUGGUUGAAUACAGCAGAAAUAUAUGAUCCUUCAACAGAAACUUGGAAAAUUACUAAUGAUAUGAAUAUUGCUCGUGGUGAACAUACAGAAUCUGUAUUAACAAAUGGUAAAGUAUUAAUUGCAGGUGGCUAUAAUCGUGGUGCUUUAAAUGAUGUUGAAUUAUAUGAUCCAGAAACUGAAACAUGGACAACAAUUACUAAUAUGAAUUAUCCAAGAUUUUCUCAUACAGCAUCUUUAUUAAAUAAUGGAUAUUUAUUGAUUAUUGGUGGAGUUAAUAAUAAUGCUUUAAAUACUGUUGAGUUAUAUGAUCCAUCAAGAGGAACAUGGACAAUUAUUGAAAAUCUUAACGAUGCACGUGGUGAACAUACAGCAACUGUAUUAACUGAUAGUAAAGUAUUAAUUACUGGAGGAUCUUAUCUUGGUAGAACUUUGAAAAGUGUUGAAUUAUUAAAAUAA